UCAGGGGGUGACGUAACUUCCGCUGUGGGUGGGUUUCCGCUCGGGCAGCCGUCGGGAGGGGCUCGGGGAACACUCAGCGGGGCUCCACGGUCCCUGAGCCCUGGGAACUGCGAUGAGGUCGGUUAGCUACGUACAGCGCGUGGCCCUGGAGUUCAGCGGGAGCCUCUUCCCACACGCCAUCUGCCUCGGAGACGUCGAUAACGACACGUUAAAUGAACUGGUGGUGGGAGACACCAGUGGAAAGCUGUCUGUGUAUAAGAACGAUGACAGCCGGCCGUGGCUCACCUGCUCCUGCCAGGGAAUGCUUACGUGCGUCGGGGUUGGAGAUGUGUGUAAUAAAGGAAAGAACCUGGUGGUGGCCGUGAGUGCCGAGGGCUGGUUUCACUUGUGUGACCUUACGCCCACCAAGGCCCCGGAUGCUUCUGGGCACCACGAGACCCUCGGGGGGGAGGAGCAGCGCCCAGUCUUCAAGCAGCACAUCCCUGCCAACACCAAGGUCAUGCUGAUCAGCGACAUCGAUGGCGAUGGCUGUUGCGAGCUGGUGGUGGGUUACACAGACCGCGUGGUCCGGGCUUUCCGCUGGGAGGACCUGGGUGACGGCACCGAGCAUCUGACAGGGCAGCUGGUGUUGCUCAAGAAGUGGAUGCUGGAGGGUCAGGUGGACAGUCUCUCGGUGACUCCAGGGCCCCUGGGUGUUCCUGAGCUAAUGGUAUCUCAGCCAGGCUGUGCUUACGCGAUUCUGCUGUGUACUUGGAACACAGACCCUGGGCCGCCUCCCACCUCUGAGGGGCCCGAGGAGGGCACUAGGGAGACCCCCGCUGCCCGAGACGUCGUGCUGCACCAGACGUCCGGCCGCAUCCACAACAAGAACGUCUCCACUCACCUCAUUGGCAACAUCAAGCAAGGCCGCAGCCCCAAGAGCGGCGCCUCGGGCCUCUUUGCCCUCUGCACCCUGGAUGGGACACUGAAGCUCACGGAGGAGGCGGACAAGCUGCUGUGGUCGGUGCAGGUGGACCACCAGCUCUUCGCCCUCGAGAAACUGGACGUCACGGGCAACGGGCACGAGGAGGUGGUCGCCUGUGCCUGGGAUGGACAGACGUACAUCAUUGAUCACAACCGCACCGUCGUGCGCUUCCAGGUGGACGAGAACGUCCGCGCUUUCUGUGCAGGCCUGUACGCCUGCAAAGGGGGCUGCAACAGCCCCUGCCUCGUGUAUGUCACCUUCAAUCAGAAGAUCUACGUGUACUGGGAGGUGCAGCUGGAGCGGAUGGAGUCCACCAACCUGCUCAAAGUGCUAGAGGCUGAGCCGGAGUUCCGGGGCCUGCUGCGGGAGCUGGGGGUGGACCCUGACGACCUCCCCGCCGCCCGGGCCCUGCUUCACCAAACCCUCUACCAUCCGGAUCGGCCACCACAGUGUGCCUCCACAGGCCUCCAGGAUCCCUCCUAGCUGGACCGGCCGUCUUGGCUGAACGGGGAUCCUUCUGAACCUCCCCACCCCGCAAGCUCUCCAUGGUAUUUGCAAGACAGGGAGUGCACAUUACAGAGGAAGGAUGGCGGCAACCCUAGGGUGACUGUGAACUGUAGACCUCGUGGUCUUUCUGGUGAAGGAAGAGACGAGUUGCUCCUCUGCCCCUUUCCUUGUGUGCCUCACCCAUCACACCCGUAGGCACUGCCCCCUCCCCAGAGCUCCCCACUCUCGUUGUGUGGGAAACAGACUUGUUUGUGAGGAGGGACUACAAAUCUCUCGCUGCUCCCCAACCAGACUUUGGGGCCAGUGGCGCGAUGGCAGUGAGGGCCCCCCCCCCCCAGCCAAGUUCCAUCUUCCGUGGCACGGCUCCAGGUCACUGACAUCAGUGAUUGUUACACGAAUGGCGAACCACAGAUCUUUGACUUAUGAUGGGUUUCGUCCUCAUAAAUCUAUCGUAAGUUGAAAAUAUUGUAAACUGAAAAUGCAUUUCCCACACCUCACCUACCGAACGUCACAGCUUAGCCUACCCUGUGUUAAACGUGCUCAGAACACUUACGUCAGCCUACAGCUGGGCAAGAUCACCUAACGCAAAGCCUACUUUAUAGUAAAGCGAGGGAUAUCUCAUGUAAUAAAUUGAACACACUACUGAAAGUGAAAAACAGAAUGGUCAUCUGGGUACAGCAUGGUUGUAAGUGUAUUGGUUGUUCACCCUCAUGAUUUUAAAAUCUGAUGCAGGUUUACAAUCCAGGCCACAAUCAGAAUGAUACCCUGGGCCAUUUAUAUCCCUUCUGCUCUUGAUUCCUGUGCUCUGAAUCAGUGGUUUUCGAAUUGUAGGUUGCAAUCCUUUGGUGGGUUGUGGUCGGCAAUUUUUUUUAAUAAAUGAGAUAGAAUAGA